AUGAAGACUGUGAAACUGAAUGAUAAAGGCAUCAAGACGCUGGCUGGUGCAUUUGACGCGAUCGGUACGGCGAAGGAGGCGGCUUUAAAGUUUCUGAAGGGUUCGGAAGUUGCGCUACCGGACAUGGAGAAGAAGUUGACAGAGGUCAUAAAGAAAAUCGAGGCCGAAAGACUCGCCGCUGCACUGAGAAAGGCUCGUGAGCAUAUUGGUCCUGUUGAGGAUGUCAUUAAAUCGUUAUCUACGCAGCCAGAGAAGGCCGCUGAAAUCCCAGUGAAUUCGAAGAGUGGCAUCGUUAAUUCUUUCCAAAAGGCGAAGGAGGGCACUUCUGAUCCUGACAGUCUUGCCGAACCAUCUACCCCUACGCGAGAAGCUGAGGCCGCGAAAUUUACCGAUCCUGUCGGAAGGAGCAUCACCGCAAACACUACGGGUGCUGCGAGAGUCGCCGCAGGUAUUGAUAACAGUGACAUCCCCACGUGGGUUCGUGCGCCACUGCUGCUGCUGCUGGCCUGUGCGGCCGUAUGGUAA